GUGAUCAUGCGGCUGGUCGAGUUGAGGGCCGAUAUCAAUGCAACUGAUCGUGUUGGCAAGCCUUUGCGUGCCCUUUUCGGCAUUAAAGGACUGCAGUAUCGAUUUGGCAAGAGAACGAUGGUGACAAGGUGGGGAUACCAUUAUGGAGGUCAGACGCCGUUAAUGGCUGCU